AUGAUGAUACGCAUCAGCACUAUAGAUGAUAUUGUACCAUUGCUCAAAAUGAUAUAUCACAAAAAUUGUGAUGAUAUUGGCUCAAUCAUCUACAUUUUUGGUACAUUUGAUCCAGAUGAAAUUACCCUAUUUUUCCAGUGUACAUUGCUUUCACUCAUUCCAAAAAGUAUAGACACGUCACCUAAGCAUCUUGGAAAGCUGUACCAAUUGAGCAACAUUGCAAAGCCAAGGUUCUUACAGACUUCAUGGAACCAAAAGUUAUCUGACAGUGUGAAGAUUCCUGAAUCCUUAUCAAUAGAGGCACGUAUUUUACAUGGUGUGAUGAUGAAGUCUUUACAAGAGAUCAUUUAUAAAGAAGACAUAAAUGAGUUUCAUCAUAAAAUUGUACAGUUUAUAGAAGACUUUGACAACCAAGAAAGCUUCUUGGCUUUCAUGAAAAGAAAUAGAAACAAGAGAGUUGAUAAGCUUGUUUUUGUUUUAGUACAUGAUGUUGAGUAUUAUCUUAUCCAAGAAUAUGAACACGGCAUGUCAAACAAUGGUCCAAUGAGUUCUUUUAGAGGAAGCUUACAGACAGCCUGGCGGGACAGCCUGAAAGGACAGCCUGAAAGUAUAUUACGUCACCUAGUCAUGUGUUUGGGCAAAUGUCAUAUUGGUGGAACAGCCUGGACAGCCUGGGCAGCCUAG